AUGCAGAUUUUAAGGCUUGAAUGUACAUCAACAUUGGAAUGUGAAAGUUUGUCAGUGAGGGCAGUAGAAGCUAGUUAUGGUUAUAUGUGCGGUAUAGGAAAUCAACAAUUUAAAGAACAUGCAGAUUGCUUUUCUCGAGUUGAAAACAGAGCAGAUUAUAUUCACUGUCGGUCUGUUGCUGGACAAGAAAUGGAUAAAGCAACAAAUAAAAAAUAUGAAAAUAAUGGAGAAAAAUUUAACGAUAAAACUCAACAAAGCCAACUUUGUUUUACAAUGAAUAAUUAUUUGGAUUGUUGUAGACCUUUAGUUGAAAGAAGUUGUGGGUCUAAAGCUUGGGAACUUGUUGCGAAAAUUACAAGAGAUAGUCUUCGCGUCAGUUUGCCUGAUUGUGUUUUGACAUCACUUGAGAAGAAUGGAGAAAUUUGA